AUAGCAAAAAGAGGGUUAAAUUCAACCAGAAUAUAAAAUGUGUUAUUGAGCGUGUGACGUAUCUUUUCAAAGAGAUAAGCGACCCUACAAUAUGUCACGGAGGCGCGUGUGUGUGGUUGGGGCGGGGGUUAUCGGCCUGUCGUCUGCUCUCCGCGUGCUUGAUGUAUGUCCGGAUGCGGAGGUGACAGUGGUCGCCGCCAAAUUCUCCCCGGAAACUACCACGGAUGUUUCCGGUGGAUUCUGGGAGCCACAUCUCCUUGGAGACACUCCAGAAGCCGACGUUCGACGCUGGAGCAGUAAGACGUUUGAGCACAUUGUCCGGAUUGCAGACUCGAGCAGUGCACGGGAAACUGGAGCGUGUUACGUGUCCGGUUACCAGCUCAACGAGAAUCCGGGGACACAGGCGCCUUUCUGGAAGGACGAUGUUCUCAACUUCCGGCUGUUGACCGCCCAGGAAGUGAAGGCAUUCCCGGGAAUGGGGAUGGGUUUCUUCUACACAACUGUUAUGCUGGAGCCGUGUCUUUACCUCGAAUGGUUGUUGAAACGAUAUCAGUCCCGAGGAGGCAAAAUACAAAAGAAACAUUUGCAGAGAUUAAGCGACCUAUCGGUUGAGGGCUACGACGUCAUAGUGAACUGCACGGGUAUUGGGGCCCGGGACCUUGUCGGAGACACCAGCCUAACGCCAUAUAGAGGACAGGUUAUACGGGUGUCUGCUCCGUGGCUGAAAACACAUUACUCCUUUUGCCUCAAAAAUGGCACCGAAUGUUACAUGUUGCCCGGGAUGAAUUACGUCGUGAUGGGAGGGACGGAAGCGGCUGGCGAUUGGAACACGGCACCCCGGGAGUCCGACCGACAGAUCAUCUGGGACGCCUGUACCAAAUAUGUGCCGAAUAUGAAGGCGGCGAAAGUGUUGGGUGACCACGUGGGUCUGCGGCCUGGCCGCCCCUCUGUCCGACUGGAGGUGGAGACCCUCAACGUGGGCGGAAAACAAAUCCCGGUGGUUCACAAUUACGGACACGGGGGAGGGGGUGUCACGCUUCACUGGGGCUGUGCGGAACAAGCCGCAAGCCUCGUGCGACAGGCGCUUCCGGUCUCCGUCUCGCAACCGACCUCUAAACUUUAACCGGUUCAACCUGGCCAUGUAUUCAAGUGUAUAAUUUAUCAUGUUGUUUAUAAUAUACUGUCUUUAUUGUUUAUGUAUACGAUUUGACAUUUGACAUUGUUUAUGUUAAUGUUUCCGCUUCAUUGGGCCUGUGCGUAACGAGCCGCAAGCCUCGUGCGACAGGCGCUUCCGGGCUCCAUCUCGCAACCGACCUCUAACUUUAACCGGUUCUAACUGGCCAUAUGUACAGUGUAUAACAUGUUUUUAGAAUAUACUGUAUUUAAUGUGCAUGAAUACGAUUUGACAUUGUUUAUGUGAUGUAUCUUGAAAUGAGACACAAUAAAUAA